AUGAGGAGCUUACUUUUGGUCCUUGUGAUCCUUCUCUUGCUCUCCUAUGUUCCACCAGUGAGAAGUGGAGUGAAUCAAUAUAUAAGAGGCCUCUUUUCUUCAUGCUGGCGACUCAAAGGUGUUUGCAGGAUGUCAUGUCACAAAAAAGAAGAAUAUCAUAUUCUUUGUGACGCGAAAUAUCUGUGUUGCAUAACCAAGAAGGUUUUACCUUCUUUGAUUGGGAAAUAG